CCUUCGAUUUUCUCCCUGCGUUCUCUGUCCGGAGUGGAGAGCAGGCACUGGAGAAUACCUUUAGGGUCGAGAGUUUGAAUUCUGGCGCUUUGGAAUCCCUCUCAAACUCCGCCCCUUUCUCCCUCCGCCCUCUUUCCUCCCAGUCCUGGGCAGCUGCAGCAGGAGGAGGGAGCAUCAUUGCGUCCGGGCUCCGCGCAGCUGCAGGUUGAGGAGAGCUGCGAAAGGACGAUUUUCAUGAAACUGGAUGGACUGCUCUAUUGAACCAUUUAAUUAUUUCCAUUCAUCUGAUAUCGACUUGGAAACAAUAUUUGAUUUAAAAAUCUUUCGUAUACACAAACAAGGCUGGACACGUUUAAGGACUUGAUGGGAUUUUUGCAUGACACCUAAUUCUUUUCUGGAUUUGACCUUGAAUUCAAACAGAAAUAUCCCAAAUGGCAAAUAUCAAUCUCUCUACCUCAGGGUGCUGCAGGUGUGGAACUUCUCUCAAUGCAAACUUUUGGAACAUAAUAGAAUUGCCUGGAGCACUGGAGUUAACCAACUUGCCUGGAGUCACACAAUCAGAAAAAUCACAGAGUGUGCUAAAUGGAAACAGUGAAAAAGAACAAAAAGAUCCUUAUUUUGUGGAGACCCCCUACGGUUAUCAACUGGAUUUAGAUUUCCUCAAGUAUGUAGAUGACAUACAGAAGGGAAACACCAUCAAAAAAGUUAACAUCCAGAAGAGGCAAAAGCCAGUGCCACAACACACAGGAACCAAGGAUACCCAUGGCCAGCUAGAUAUAUGGGCUUCCACUGAAUCACUCUCCUCUUCUAAUAGUGAUGACAAUAAGCAUUGCCCCUCAUUCCUAACAGUCAGGAGCCAAGUAACAGCCCCUCCAGCCACCAGGCAACCUGACCCUCCUGAGCUCUCUCCCACUUUCCUUGCCAUUCCAGAAAAUAGACAACUGCCACCUCCCUCCCCUCAGCUCCCCAAGCAUAACCUUCAUGUCACCAAAACUCUGAUGGAAACUCGGAGAAGAUUAGAGCAGGAGAAGGUCAAUAUGCAGGUGGGCCCAGGAGAGUUUCGAAGACCUAGACUGGCUAGUUUUGGUGGUCUGGGCUCCACAGGCUCACUCCCCUCCUUUAUGGGAUCUGGGAAUCGCAAUCCAGCAGCCCAUCAGCUUCAGAAUGGGUACCAAGGCAUUGGGGAAUACAGUAUUUACACCACUGCUGGAACUACCUCUUCUGUGGGGAGCUCUCUCCGACAUAGCCCAAUGAGCUCUGGGAUUUCCACACCUGUGACCAAUGUAAGCCCAUUGCACCUGCAACAUAUCAGAGAACAAAUGGCAAUCGCCCUGAAACGCCUAAAGGAACUGGAAGAGCAGGUGAGGACCAUUCCAGUGCUGCAGGUCAAGAUCUCAGUCCUGCAGGAGGAAAAGAGACAACUGGUCUCACAGUUGAAGAACCAAAGGUCGCCUUCACAGAAUGAUACCUGUGGUGUGAGGCAGCGAUCCUACAGUGCUGGAAAUGCUUCCCAGCUGCAGCAGCUCUCAUGGGUCAAGAGAGGAGACAGAGGGGAACUAUACAUAGACUGUGAAGAGGAGGAGAUGGAGAGCAUAGAACAGAGUACAAAGAGGAUAAAAGAGUUUCGGCAGCUCACUGCAGAGAUGCAAGCACUGGAGAAGAAGAUACAGGAUAGUAGUUAUGGGGCUUCCCUGGAGAUAAGAGAAAACAGGGAGUGUGUGUCCAAGGAGUGCAAGUCUGUUGCUGUGGGUGCUGAUGACAACAUGCACGACAUUGUCCUGUAUCACAAGUCCUCUCGGCCAUGUAGGGAAGCUGCUGUGGGAACAGAGGCAGAAACUAGGGACUCUGGAGUUGGGGUAACGGAAGCAAUGCUUGGCAUUACCACUGAAGCAGAUAAAGAAAUAGAGCUGCAGCAGCAGACAAUAGAAGCUUUGAAAGACAAAAUCUUUAGGCUUGAGGUUCAGCUCAAGGAAACCACCUAUGAUCGGGAGAUGACCAAGUUAAAACAAGAACUGCAGGCAGCCGGAUCCAGGAAAAAAGUUGACAAAGCCUCCAUGGCCCAGCCACUUGUCCUCAGCAGGAUGGUGGAGGCAGUGGUUCAGACAAGAGACCAAACAGUUGAUAGUCAUGUGGACAUGAUGGAUGCUUGUGUGGGGACUGAGCUACAAACCCAUAGCAUCGGCAUCUCCUGCAAGCCUGAUUGGGAGAAUAAGAUUGUUGGGCCUGAGCUGCCCAUGAAUUGGUGGAUUGUGAAGGAGCAUGUAGAGAUGUGUGAUCAAUGUGUUGGAAGGUCUGUGAAAAUGUGUGACAAGAAUGUGGGUAUGGAAACCAGCAUUUGUGUAACAGACAGUAAUACAAAAAAAUCUUUGGUUGAUCAGACUCCUUGCAAGGCACAGCUGAAUAUUAACGAAGUACGGUCUAUAGGUUGUGGAGACUGUUCUGUAAAUGUGACUGUCUGCUCUCCAAAGGAGUAUAAUUCCCAAAGCGUGAAUACAGAGUCUAUUUUCCUAGUGAAUUCUUCUGUCAUGGCUGUACCUCAAACCAUGAACCAGCAUACCACUACAGUAUUGGAACAGGUAAACCAAUUCACCAACACAGAGAUGAGAUCUCUGAUGGACUCCAGCACUAACACUUUCCUAAGCACUUUUGACAAACAGACUAAUACUAGGACUGUGGAUGUGCGGACUGUGGCAGUUGGGGAGGGCAGAGUCAAGGAUGUCAACGCUUCUUCCAAGACUCGUUCCAUUGGGGUUGGAACUUUACUUUCCAGUGAUUCUGGGUUUGAUAAGCCAUCUGCUGUGAAAACCAAAGAUUCAGGAGUGGGACAAAUAAACAUUAAUGAGAACUAUUUGGUGGGUCUUAAAUUGAGGAAUAUAGCCUGUGGGCCCCCACAGUUGUCUGUGGGAUUAGCAGCCAGCAGGAGGAGCAUUGGUGUUGGAGAUGAACCUGUGGGUGAGUUGGUAGAAAACCCCUUAAACCAGCCUCCUUCUGAAAUAAUGACUGGCUUAGAUCACUACAUUGAGCUUGUCCAGAAGCUCUUGGCAGAGCAACAGACACUACUGGCUGAAAACUACAGUGAGCUGGCAGAGGCUUUUGGGGAGCCUCAUUCUCAGAUUGGCUCGCUUAACUCACAGCUCAUGAGCACCCUGUCAUCCAUCAAUUCUGUUAUGAAGUAUACCAACCCCGAAGAGCUAAAUAAUACAGACUUCCAGAGACAGAAGAUGGCAGGACAUAAUUUGGAAUGUAUCACUAAUAUCCAAGUUACUUCAUCAACUGUGACUUCAAAUGGUGAAAUGACAGCACAUGAACAAGAGGCUGAGAUCAGAAAAGGAACAAAGACUACUAUGGUAGGAGUUGGCUCUGACCAAGAGUCCUUCCUCUCUCAAGACAAGACAUCUCCAGUUAACCUAACAGAUGAUCAAAUUGCUGCUGGCCUCUAUGUAUGUGCCAAUAAUGACACUACACUGAAGUCUAUUAUGAAGAAAGAGGGGAAAAAGGAAUCCAACAGCACCAAAAAGAAUCUUCAGUUUGUUGGCAUCAAUGGAGGGUAUGAAACAACCUCAAGCGAUGAUUCCAGCUCAGAUGAAACCUCUUCUUCCGAGUCAGAUGAUGAAUGUGAUGUCCUUGAAGAGGAGGAGGUGGAGGACACUCAGGGAAUGGCGGAAGGGCAUCAUGCAGUUAAUGUUGAAAGUUUCAGGUCCAUCGGUGUGGAGGAAAAUGAUAUAAAGGUUCCAGAAAGCAAAGCAGAGAAGGUGGAAAUCAGAGAGAGGUAUGAAUUAAAUGAAAAGAUGCUAUCUGCAUGUAAUCUACUGAAAAAUAACAUCAAUGACCCUAAAGCUUUGACCAGCAAAGAUAUGAGAUUCUGUCUCAAUACUAUUCAGCACGAAUGGUUUCGGGUAUCAAGUCAGAAGGCAGCUAUCCCUGACAUGGUUGGAGACUACAUCGCUGCUUUUGAGGAGGUCUCCCCUGAGGUCUUGCAGUACAUCAUCAACAUGGCAGAUGGCAAUGGAAACACAGCCCUCCACUACAGUGUCUCCCAUUCCAACUUUGAGAUUGUGAAGUUACUUUUGGAUGCUGAUGUAUGUAAUGUAGACCAUCAGAACAAAGCUGGCUAUACCCCUAUCAUGCUUGCGGCAUUAGCUGCUGUGGAAGCUGAGAAAGAUAUGAGGGUCGUGGAAGAACUUUUUGGCUGCGGAGAUGUAAAUGCCAAAGCUAGCCAGGCUGGACAGACAGCUCUAAUGCUUGCAGUCAGUCAUGGAAGAAUCGACAUGGUAAAGGGUCUGCUGGCCUGUGGAGCAGAUGUCAACAUCCAGGAUGAUGAGGGUUCUACUGCCUUGAUGUGUGCCAGUGAGCAUGGCCAUGUAGAAAUAGUUAAGCUCCUGCUGGCACAGCCUGGGUGCAAUGGUACCUUGGAGGACAAUGAUGGAAGCACUGCACUCUCUAUCGCCUUGGAAGCAGGACACAAAGACAUAGCUGUUCUUCUCUAUGCCCAUGUUAACUUCUCCAAACCCCAGUCACCGGGCACACCUCGGCUUGGAAGGAAGACGUCACCUGGGCCUACCCAUAGAGGGUCAUUUGAUUAGUGAUGGGCAAAUGUUCCUGCAUGUUCAUGCUAUCAUUAAGCUGCUAACUGUUACUGUUUUCAUAGUGACAGAAACUGAAUGUAAAUGUCUUGUGCCUGAACUCACCAGCAAACAGGGAGCAGAAGCCCAGUGUGAAAGGCAGAAAAACUUAAAGCAGUAGGCAGAGCACCUUGCUGCUAUUCAGUACAAGUAGUGCUGUAACUUUUGACCAUUUUCCCACUUAUGUAGGACCCACUAUCAAGCCAUUCUGUUGCUAUUGAAUCUCUUUGUUCCAUUAUGUAUGGUUUUCAGGAAUUGUAAACUCACCUGAGCAGGCUGCUUUUAUGUGUUUAUUUUUCUCACAUGCCCCCAGCCCUGUGAUAUCCUUGAUAGUGUCACGAUCUCAAUUAUAUCUCUUUUGUCCAAUGGUCAGAUUUUGUGCAUGUGUGCUUUCUUCUUCUUGAAAGAUAUUUAUAUAUUCACUAAAUAUGGAAUUUGCUGGCAAUAAUUCUCUUAAAUUCCAUUCCAGAAAGAUUUUUGGAUUUUUUUUUUCCUUUUGUUUUCAUUAUUUCAAGCUAAGAAAGCUGGAAUGGCUUUGGUUAUUUAAGGUCCUUGGAUGUAAGCUGGUGGGUUUUUUUUUCAGAUUUAGGAAUGAAAGAACUCUCUGACAUCUAAAACUCACUAAAGAAAAUGUCUACAAUUCAUUAUGUCUAUUGGAUAUAUUAUGGAACUUUUUAUAUAAAAGAUAACUAAUGAAAUUAACUCACAGUAUUUUCAACUUUUAUAUUCUCUAGUAACUAAACACAUGAAGAAUUAUGUGUAAUAUUACCACAUUUUUAUUAAUGCUUGCACAUCUGUAUUCAUAGCUAAUGUUUAAGAUUUGAUUUAUGUUAGAGGGAUUGGGAAUAUAUUCAUCUGUAGAGGAAUAUAGCUUAGUUCUGCAUAUUUAUGGAAAUCUUUAUAUGUCAUACUCACUUUAGGCCUAUAUGUAUUUAAAUGUUUGAAGUGCCUUGAACUCUUGCCAUAUUUUCAAAAUAAAAUUUCCUUAUGCUAUUUUA